CAUCGUACCUAAAUAAUCUUUGCUACUAAACACUUAGGCGCUCCUCUAAUGUGCGUCUAGUGUCUAGGUGGAAUCGCAGAAAUAACUCCCCAAGUUCGGAAUGCGUCACCCUUCAUACAGACUGUUUGUGCUGUUCGCAUUGUUGACAGCAUGCGAUGCAGACUUUUAUUCCGCCACGUUUCGUCUGGAAAACCUGGCGAAGAUAGAACAGCAGAUGGUGGAGUCGGCUCGGCGGUACAUUCAACAAGGAGGGCAGGUACCCUGGACUUUGCAGAGGCUGUGUGAGAGCAUGUCACAUCCGGGUUACAGCGACCCUGUCCGGAUGGUUCACAGUCCGGUCGGAGCGUACCUCCUACUGAAGCGGUUCCACCAUACAUGGGCUCAUAUCAUGGAGGAACUCCCCAACCCUCUGGAUGUGCUUGGUCAGGACGACUUGGCCCAUGUAUUCCCGACUCCUGCUGAUCUGGAGGGUUCCGCACUUGCGCUACUGAGGCUUCAGGGUGUGUACAACUUGGACUUGCCGAGUAUCGCAGAGGGAGGGGUCGUUGUGAAUUGUGAGAAGAGUCAAACAUCGACAGACAACAGCUUAGAACAGUGUGAACCGGCCAACCUGUCGCGCCUGACGGGGCAACCCCCACCGCUACCGCUAGAAGUCUCUGAUGUCUUCUACAUCGGCAGCGUGGCCUACAAGCGUAGGGAAUUUUACUACGCCGCGAUUUGGUACAACUUGACCUUGAAUUUGAUGACGCAAAGAUCUCCCUCUGAAGGUGAUCCUGGCUUACUCCAAGUUCUAGAGGCCCUUGGUGAUUCCUACAGUGAGCUUGAGAAAUACCAACAAGCUUCAGCGUUCUACAAAAGGGCACUUGAUCAAGGAGACAAUGACCACAGUCAAAGGCUGGAGUCUAAAGCAGAAGACGUGAGGAAUAAAGCAGACAAACAUGGACCUACCUUGGUGCGCCCGAGAAGCAUCUACAAUAAUUAUGAAGAACUAUGCAGGGCCGGGGUUUUACAGAGAGAAAGAGCAACUGUGGAGACAACAACCCUGACCUGCACCCUGGUCCGCCCCUCCGCUCUGUUCUACAUCAGCCCGUUAAAGAUGGAGGUGUUGCGGGAAAAGGAACCGCGGGUCGCUCUGUACUAUGACGUCAUCACAGACGGAGAGGCAGGGGUGAUGCGACAACUGGGGUUCUCCAAGUUCGAGAGAUCCACGGUACUACCCAGCCCCGGGGAGACGGUGGUUUCAGACACCAGAGUGAGCGAAACAGGCUGGGUUCCGGAUACGGAAGACCUUGUCGUGGCAAAGUUGUCCCGCAUGGUAGCGCACAUUACAGGUCUGAACACCACAUUCCCAACAGGAGACAAUUUUCAGGUCCUCAAUUAUGGAUUAGGCGGACAGUACGAGCCACAUUAUGACCACCUUAAAGAAGAAGUUUCGCGCACAUUAAUGGCUGCAAAUCGGAUCCUGACGUUCUUAUUUUAUUUGAGUGAGGUUGAGGCUGGGGGUGCCACAGUGUUUACAGAGGCUAACAUAGCGGUUCCUGUGGUCAAAAACAGCGCGGUCCUGUUUGAGAACACCAACAAGGCGCUGGUCCGGUCCAGAGCGUCUGUUCAUGCGGGCUGUCCUGUUCUUAUUGGCUCCAAGUGGGUGGCAAAUAAAUGGAUACACGAGAUCGGCAAUGAACUUCAGCGCCCGUGUGGUCUCACUCAGGAGGAAUGAUCAUUCCGUUGAAAUGGAGUUGUUGUUCUUUGGUCUAUACAAGCAAUUGCUUACUUUAUAGAGUGACAGGAUGUACAGUGGAAGGUGGGGUGACAGGAGACUGGCAGGAUGAGAAGGUUUGCUUGGCUUGGGUCCGGACGUUUUAUAGAAGGAAAACCAUUAUACACAGAGAAUUAGCUAGCCAUUCACACUAAUAAAAAGGGGAAAUGGGGAAACUUUGCUCAGCCUUGCGAAUCGGAUUCCACCAAAUUUACAGUCUAGAACAACCUCAUCAUGCAAAUCCGCCACUUGUCUUGCUACAGGCCUAGCUAAUUUCAUACCACUAUAUCUUAUCUUGUAUUACUGACUCCUUACAAUUGUACGGACUUAAUUAAGGCAUUUUUUUCUGUUAGGUGGAUCUAUGAGAUUGUUUUUUAUGAUGACUUGAAUUAAUUGUUUUUUUCCAAAUUUGAGUCAAUAUCUAUUGAAUAUUUGUUGUACGAAGAUUGUGUCGGUAUUGUGACCUUGAAAAGGUGACCUUGACAUGGGACACCUGUUUCACUAUACUGCCCACUCUUGUGUAAAAGCUACAUAAAUAAAUAGAUAAAUCAUGAAAUUCACAAAACUCUAUGAUUUCACGAAUGUAUGAGAUCUUUAAUUUCUUGUUGUAUAUGUGAACUUAACAGUCGUUAUCGCUCAAUUUCAAAUUGGCAUAAUACAUAAUUUAGUAGGACUUGCUCUUCAAGCAUACACCUUGUACCAAGCUGACAUGAAUACAAUAAAAAUAAAUUACCAUAAAUUAUGCUGGUUGGCCAAUGAUCAAUGAAAAUAAGCCGUACUUGUCAGACAAGAGACAAAGAUGAGAUGUUAGUUGACAUAAAUACAAUUAACUGAAUGCCAAGCAGACGUGGAUACAAUAUAAAUGAAUUAUCAUGAAUUAUGCUGGUAGGUCAAUUAAUCGACGAAAAUAAGCUGUACUAUACUUGUCAGACUUCCCUCUCUCGUUAAUACUUCCAAAAAUUAUCCUAAAUACAGGUGUAUUUUCAUUUUUAUCACAAGGUUAGAAGUUAUCUAACGUUACAUCAUACAGCUUAAUUUUUCUGUUAACCUACCGCUUCUCUAACAUACGUCAUGAAUACUAUACAUCUUAUCCAAAGAACACGUAAUUGGUUUUGAAAGGCACAAGAUGUGAUCCAGGAGCCAGAAAGUAGAAAUAUUGCACAGGCGUCCCACAUAAAAGGCAGAUUGCACUCAGCGCUCAAGGUGCACUCUCACUGCACUUGCGGUUCGUUCACUGCGUCACUGUUUUGUUAUUUUCUCAGAUUUUUUAAAUUUAGAUAUUGCGUAAUACGUAAAAGUAUGACUUAGAAGACGAA